AAAAUGAAGCCCAGGAAGGGAGGAAAUUCGUCCAAGGGCACACUGCAAAUUAUUGGCAUGCACAGAACAGAAUUUUGCUUGCUAAUCCCACAGCAUCCUUCUGCCUUAUGUCACACAGCCCAUGGGCAUUUCAGCCUGGAAGCAACCUGGGAAAUAAUAAAUGCGAAGGUGAUUUGCAAACCUAAAUCACUAUACAAGCCUAAGGCAUCAGCUGUAGUAGUAGAGGAAGGAAAAGAAGGGAGGAGAAUCUGGGUAGACUGUACACCUUCCACACAACUGGCCCAUGCUGGGUCCCCCAGGCAGUAAGAAGACUAAGAUCAGAUGGAGUGAGCACAUCAAGUGCUUUGCAGAGAAGAGGCAUUCAAUAAUGAUCGAAUGAAUGAAUGAGUAGACCCAAUUAGUUCCAUUUUACAGAUGGGAAAAUAGAAGCACCCAGGAUAACUCAGCCAAAGUCUACACAGUUUAAAAAAAAAAAAAGGAAGAAGAAGAAGAAUGGGCACUUGCACAGAAAUCUGCCUGGCUCAUGAUUUUUCUAGAACCCUCUGGACUUGACCGUUUUGCCACAGAAGUCUGCAAGAUAGGAAAAGAAGGAUCUUCUCUUCGGUUAUUCAGGAGUUCCUACAGCCCCUAUUUUGCCUUUCCUGACCAAAUAGCUGGCACUUGACUGCUGUAGCAUAUAAAGACUGACUUGCCCACUCACAGGUUUUCUUCCUCUUUUCUUACUGAAGAGCCUGUCCUUGAAAAAAACAUUCCAGGAAGAAAUCUUUCUUGGGCCACAGAGCCCUGUGGUUUGAUGGAAAAGAACGAGGCUUCAAGACUGGCUCUGCUAUUACUUGUAGUGUGACAUUGGGCAUGUCUUAAAUGCCUUCCUUGGGCCCCUCAGCAUCCUUCACCUACAUAUCCAAAUUUCUCACAGCCUUGGACUUCUACAGUUGGAAAGGAUUUUAAAUAAUCACUUAGUACCAUCUUCUAUUUUACUCACAAGGCAAUUAAAGCCAGGGUACCUGGGCUUGUUCAAGAUUACAUGACAAAUUAUUGUCAGGGCUAGCAUGAUGAACCCAGGGCUCUCAAUUCCCAGUCAGUGUCCUUUUUAACCGUUUUGAGACUCUUUGGCUCUGAGCCCCCCUUGUCCUGUUAAUUAGUGCCACACAUUAUCAAACUCUUGUUUCCUGUGUUAAUCUUGUCUCCCCAGAUUUUGAGAUUCUUGAAAGCAGGAGCCACUGUUUUAUGUGGAGGGACUCCAUAAAUAUUCACCAAUGAUUCAUUAGGAAAGCAACUACUGGGGGAAUCCCACUUGGUCAUUUCCAAAAUGGAAAGCAGCAUCUUGGAAGUGCAGGUUCCCAAAUGUCUAGGGAGGUGACAAGGAGGAAAGCAAAGAAUCAAAGAAUAUUGAGCACAGUGUCCUGUUGCAAUACAGGACUUAGUUUGCCGGCCCUCUGGUUUCUUUCCUGGUCUUUCAGAUGGAGUUGGAGCUACUUCAGCAGGGCUAAGAAUAAUCAAGUCCAGGUGGCCUGCCCUUCCAUAGCAGAAAGGGACAGACAAUAGAGCAAUGAAAUUACCAUUGUUUUCUGCACAGAGGUGUGUGGAAAGUGAGGAGAGGGGAAGUUAAGAAAUUUGCUGACCCAAUUGGGGGGGGGGGGCUCUUAAAAAGGUUUAUAUAGAAAUUGUCUCAUCUCUGCCUCCAUAUUUAAAACCUUGUCUAAAAUUCUAAUUGAACUCACAAAGCACAACUGUGCAUAUAUUUAGUUCGUUAUGGAGUUUAUGGGGCAGAGAGUCCAGGCUCCUUUUUUCCCCAUGCAAAAAGCAUGGGCUCAAGCUUUCUUCUUUUCCCCUGUUGCUCAAAUAAAUAGUGUUCUUUGCUCAAACCCCCUUUCCCUCCUCCUUCUGCAAUCUCAGCGCCUAGCGCAAAUCUGUUUUCUUCAUUGUAACCUCAGCUUCACCGCAAUUAAUUUUUUUUCCCUCUGGUCACAAGAUAAUUCCUGACGCCAGUGAGUCUGGAGGUCAGACGAACAGCAAAUUGGGGAACAAGGCGGCACUAAUUCCUUACAAGUUUCCCUUGAAAAAUCUUUCGCUUAAAAAAAAAACGGGGGGUGGGGGGAGCUUCUUUGCUGUUCAGGGAUUUAUGACCUCGGAGGAGCUGUGGGCUCGAACCAGUGUUGGGCUAAAGGCGGACUGGCAGGGGGCCGGGAAGCUCAAAGAUCUGGGGCGCUGCCAGGAAAAAGCAAAUUCUGGAAGUUAAUGGUUUUGAGUGAUUUUUAAAUCCUUGCUGGCGGAGAGGCCCGCCUCUCCCCAGUAUCAGCGCUUCCUCAUUCUUUGAAUCUGCGGCUCCGCGGUCUUCGGCGUCAGACCAGCCGGAGGAAGCCUGUUUGCAAUUUAAGCGGGCUGUGAACGCCCAGGGCCGGCGGGGGCGGGGCCGAGGCGGGCCAUUUUGAAUAAAGAGGCGUGCCUUCCAGGCAGGCUCUAUAAGGGCCCGCGGCGGCGAGCGUGCGCGCGUUGCAGGUCACUGUAGCGGGACUUCUUUUAGUUUUUUUUCUUUUUGGGGCACCUCUGGACUCACUCCCCAGCAUGAAGGCGCUGAGCCCGGUGCGCGGCUGCUACGAGGCGGUGUGCUGCCUGUCGGAACGCAGUCUGGCCAUCGCCCGGGGCCGAGGGAAGGGCCCGGCAGCUGAGGAGCCGCUGAGCUUGCUGGACGACAUGAACCACUGCUACUCCCGCCUGCGGGAACUGGUACCCGGAGUCCCGAGAGGCACUCAGCUUAGCCAGGUGGAAAUCCUACAGCGCGUCAUCGACUACAUUCUCGACCUGCAGGUAGUCCUGGCCGAGCCAGCCCCUGGACCCCCUGAUGGCCCCCACCUUCCCAUCCAGACAGCCGAGCUCGCUCCGGAACUUGUCAUCUCCAACGACAAAAGGAGCUUUUGCCACUGACUCGGCCGUGUCCUGACACCUCCAGAACGCAGGUGCUGGCGCCCGUUCUGCCUGGGACCCCGGGCACCUCUCCUGCCGGAAGCCGGACGGCAGGGAUGGGCCCCAACUUCGCCCUGCCCACUUGACUUCACCAAACCCCUUCCUGGAGACUGAACCUGGUGCUCAGGAGCGAAGGACUGUGAACUUGUGGCCUGAAGAGCCAGAGCUAGCUCUGGCCACCAGCUGGGCGACGUCACCCUGCUCCCACCCCACCCCCAAGUUCUAAGGUCUUUUCAGAGCGUGGAGGUGUGGAAGGAGUGGCUGCUCUCCAAACUAUGCCAAGGCGGCGGCAGAGCUGGUCUUCUGGUCUCCUUGGAGAAAGGUUCUGUUGCCCUGAUUUAUGAACUCUAUAAUAGAGUAUAUAGGUUUUGUACCUUUUUUACAGGAAGGUGACUUUCUGUAACAAUGCGAUGUAUAUUAAACUUUUUAUAAAAGUUAACAUUUUGCAUAAUAAACGAUUUUUAAACA